CAUGAGCCGCCCGCGGCCCCGGGAGCCUGCGCCGCCUCACUCCCACCCCCGCUUGUGUCUCGUCUCCCCGGCAGGAUGCCGGACCAGAUCUCCGUGUCCGAGUUCAUCGCCGAGACCACCGAGGACUACAACUCGCCCACCACGUCCAGCUUCACCACGCGGCUGCACAACUGCAGGAACACCGUCACGCUGCUGGAGGAGGCUCUAGACCAAGAUAGAACAGCACUCCAGAAAGUAAAGAAGUCUGUAAAAGCGAUAUACAAUUCCGGUCAAGAUCAUGUACAAAAUGAAGAAAACUAUGCACAAGUCCUUGAUAAGUUUGGAAGCAAUUUUUUAAGUCGCGACAACCCCGAUCUUGGAACAGCUUUUGUCAAGUUUUCUACUCUUACAAAGGAACUGUCCACACUGCUGAAAAAUCUGCUCCAGGGUCUGAGCCACAAUGUGAUCUUCACCCUGGAUUCCUUGCUAAAAGGAGACUUAAAAGGAGUCAAAGGGGAUCUCAAGAAGCCGUUUGACAAAGCAUGGAAAGAUUAUGAGACCAAGUUCACAAAGAUUGAAAAGGAGAAGAGAGAGCAUGCGAGACAGCACGGGAUGAUCCGCACAGAGAUCACAGGAGCUGAGAUUGCGGAAGAGAUGGAGAAGGAGAGGCGCCUCUUCCAACUCCAAAUGUGUGAAUAUCUCAUUAAAGUUAAUGAAAUCAAGACCAAGAAGGGUGUGGACCUGCUGCAGAAUCUUAUCAAGUAUUAUCAUGCACAGUGCAAUUUCUUUCAAGAUGGCUUGAAAACAGCUGAUAAGUUGAAGCAGUACAUUGAAAAACUGGCUGCCGAUUUAUAUAAUAUCAAACAGACCCAGGAUGAAGAAAAGAAACAGCUAACUGCUCUCCGAGACUUAAUAAAAUCCUCCCUUCAACUUGACCAGAAAGAAGAUUCCCAGAGCCGGCAGGGCGGCUACAGCAUGCAUCAACUCCAAGGCAACAAGGAGUAUGGCAGUGAGAAGAAGGGUUACCUGCUGAAGAAGAGUGAUGGGCUCCGGAAGGUGUGGCAGAGGAGGAAGUGUGCAGUGAAGAACGGGAUUCUAACCAUCUCGCAUGCCACGUCUAACAGGCAGCCAGCUAAGCUGAACCUUCUCACCUGCCAGGUGAAACCCAAUGCUGAAGACAAGAAGUCUUUUGACCUGAUAUCACAUAAUAGGACCUACCACUUUCAGGCAGAAGAUGAGCAGGAUUACGUGGCAUGGAUAUCGGUGUUGACAAAUAGCAAAGAGGAGGCGCUCACCAUGGCCUUCCGUGGGGAGCAGAGCACCGGGGAGAACAGCCUGGAAGAUCUGACGAAAGCCAUCAUCGAGGACAUCCAGCGGCUCCCCGGGAACGAGGUCUGCUGUGACUGCGGCUCCUCAGAACCUACCUGGCUUUCAACCAACUUGGGGAUUUUGACCUGUAUAGAAUGUUCCGGCAUCCAUAGGGAAAUGGGAGUUCAUAUUUCUCGCAUUCAGUCUUUGGAACUAGACAAAUUAGGAACUUCUGAACUCUUGCUGGCCAAGAAUGUAGGAAAUAAUAGUUUUAAUGAUAUUAUGGAAGCCAACUUAUCCAGCCCUUCACCAAAACCCACCCCUUCAAGUGAUAUGACUGCGCGGAAAGAAUUCAUCACCGCGAAGUAUGUCGAUCACAGGUUCUCAAGGAAGACCUGCUCGUCCUCUUCAGCUAAACUGAAUGACCUGCUUGAGGCCAUCAAAUCCAGGGAUUUACUGGCAUUGAUUCAAGUCUAUGCCGAGGGCGUGGAGCUCAUGGAGCCGUUGCUGGAACCCGGACAGGAACUAGGAGAGACCGCCCUUCAUCUUGCCGUCCGAACUGCAGACCAGACAUCUCUCCAUUUGGUUGACUUCCUCGUGCAGAACUGUGGAAACCUGGAUAAACAAACUGCCCUAGGAAACACAGUUCUGCAUUACUGUAGUAUGUAUGGAAAACCCGAGUGUCUGAAGCUGCUUCUCAGGAGCAAGCCCACCGUGGACAUUGUCAACCAGGCUGGAGAAACUGCCCUGGACAUAGCCAAGCGAGUAAAGGCCACUCAGUGUGAAGAUCUGCUCUCCCAGGCUAAAUGUGGAAAGUUCAACCCCCACGUCCACGUGGAAUACGAGUGGAAUCUCGGGCAGGAGGAGAUGGAUGAGAGCGAUGAUGACCUGGAUGACAAACCAAGCCCAAUCAAGAAGGAGCGCUCCCCGAGGCCGCAGAGUUUCUGCCACUCCUCCAGCAUCUCCCCGCAGGACAAGUUGGCCCUGCCAGGCUUCGGCACCCCCCGGGACAAGCAGCGGCUCUCUUACAGCGCCUUCACCAACCAGAUCUUCACUUCCACAAGCACAGAUUCACCCACGUCGCCAACUGCAGAGGCUCCUCCACUGCCUCCUCGAAAUGCCGGCAAAGGUCCAACUGGCCCACCUUCAACACUCCCUCUAAGCUCCCAGACCCCUAGUGGAAGCUCUACCCUGUCCAAGAAGAGGCCUCCUCCCCCACCACCCGGACACAAGAGAACCCUGUCUGACCCUCCCAGCCCACUACCUCAUGGGCCCCCAAACAAAGGCACAGUUCCUUGGGGUAAUGACGUGGGUCCCUCGUCAUCCAGUAAGACGGCCAACAAGUUUGAGGGGCUAUCUCAGCAAUCAAGCACCAGUUCUGCAAAGACUGCCCUUGGUCCAAGAGUUCUUCCUAAACUACCUCAGAAAGUGGCGCUGAGGAAGACAGAGACCAGCCAUCAUCUCUCCUUGGACAAAGCCAACGUCCCAGCUGAAGUCUUCCAGAAGCCUCCACCUGGAGACCUGCCCCCAAAGCCCACAGAACUGGCCCCCAAGCCCCAAAUGGGAGAUUUGCCACCUAAGCCAGGAGAACUGCCCCCCAAGCCACAACUGGGUGACCUGCCCCCCAAGCCCCAGCUCUCAGACUUACCUCCCAAGCCGCAAAUGAAGGACCUGCCCCCCAAGCCCCAGCUAGGAGACCUGCUGGUAAAAUCGCAGGCUAGCGAGCUCUCACCCAAGGCCCAGCAGCCCUCAGACGUCCCUCCAAAGUCCCACCCCAUGGAUCUGUCCCCAAAUGUGCAGUCCAGAGACACCCUUCAGAAGCAAGCAUCUGACGAGUCCAGUGACGUCACACCCACUCUGCCAGAGACCCCCGUCCCUCUGCCCAGGAAGAUCAACACGGGUAAAAACAAAGUGAGGCGAGUGAAGACCAUUUACGACUGCCAGGCGGACAAUGAUGAUGAGCUCACGUUCAUCGAGGGGGAGGUGAUCAUCGUCACCGGGGAGGAAGACCAGGAGUGGUGGAUUGGGCACAUCGAGGGACAGCCGGAAAGGAAGGGGGUCUUCCCAGUGUCCUUCGUGCACAUCCUGUCUGACUAG